AUGUCGCGCGUGGAGCUCCUCAACGCCGGAGGAUUCCGCGUGGACGGAAGGAAGCAGUACGAGCUGCGCUCCAUCGCCAUCCAGCUGGGAGGAUCCGAGGACACGACUGCCGAUGGCUCUGCGCAGAUCACGCACGGUCUCACCACGGUUUCGGCCACCGUAUUCGGUCCGCGCGAGGCACGCACCGGCGGCAACAUGCAGCACGACCGGGCGUCGCUCAACGUCGAGGUGGCGUUGGCGCCGUGGGGGUCGAUGGAGCGGCGGCGGCGCAACCGUGGCGAUCGGCGGCUGGUCGAGUUCGCCAGUGCGAUCAAGUCGACGUUCGAGCCGGUGGUGCAUACGCAUCUGUAUCCGCGCUCGCAGAUCGAUAUUUUCGUGCACGUGCAUCAGCAGGACGGCGGCGUGCUGCCCGCCGCGAUCAAUGCGGCCACGCUGGCGCUGCUCGAUGCGGGGAUUGCCAUGCACGACUUUGUCGCCGCCGUGUCGUGUGGCAUCCACUCGACCGCCGCGCUGCUCGAUUUGUCCAAUGCCGAAGAGUCCGAUCUGCCAAAUGUCACCGUCGCCGUACUGCCGCGCACGAAACAGGUCACGCUCGCAUCGCUCGAGACAAGACUGCACGUCGAACGGUUCCAGCAGAUCUUUAACUUGGCUAUCGACGCCGCACAGGUGCUCCACAACGAGAUGCAGCUCGCCGUGCGCGACCGCACAAAGACGCUCGUCCAGGCCAUGACGGGCAAGCACGUCGACGCCGCCCCACUCGCCGACUCAGACUCGGACCACGACGACGCCAUGAUGCUCUAG